AUGCAUGAACUAGAAACAGUAACUAUUGUUGAUUAUGAUAUAAUUCCGGAAUUUGCUUUUUACAAUUGUUUCAAAUUAAAAUCAAUUACUUUUACUCAACCAAUUACCGUUAUUGGCAAUAAUGCAUUUGAAAACAGUGCCAUAAAAACAUUCGAUUUCAGCAACAUUAUUGCAAUUGAAUCAUAUGCUUUUCGAAAUUCCAAACUUGAAACGGCUAUUUUACCCAAUUUGAAACUGUAUCCAGAAGCAUUUGCCGAAUGUAAGUACUUAACAUCUGUAACAAUUAGUGAUAAAGUUACAUUUGUCUCUAUGAUUGGAAUAUACUCUCCUAUUGAACAUUUCAGAGAUUGUUAUGCUUUAACAACCGUCAAUUAUGGCAAUACAGGAACUGUAUCUAAAGGAAUGUUCAAGUUCUGUUACAGUUUGAAGACAUUUUCAUCGUCAAAUAAUAGUCUAGAAAUUCAAGAUGAAGCAUUCUAUUCAUGUACAAGUUUAACAGAUAUAUCAGCUACUCAAGUUGGAAGAAUAGGAUCUAAAGCAUUCAUUUUAUGCAACUCUUUAACAUCAUUCACCCCACAAUUUUCGACACUUGGUGACAAAGCAUUUUAUGGAUGCGAAAAGCUUGGAACAAUUGAUGCCCAUGAUUGUGGAAAAUAUUCAUUUGCAUUUUGUCCAUCAAUUAAAUCAUGUAUACUUAGAUCGACUUUACAUACUGGAGUUAUGAUGAACUGCACAAGUUUAGAAUCUGCAGAAUUGGUGAAUGUGCGAGCCAUUCCUGAUAAAUGCUUCUUUGGCUGCACAAAACUCAAAACAAUAACUUUCCCUACCACAGUAACGGUUGAAUCAAUUGGAAAUUAUGCUUUUCAAGAUACUAUUUUAGAAUUAGAAACAUUAGAUUUAAGUGGAUGCAAUCAAAUUGGUAACUAUUCUUUCAGGGAUGUCAAGAUUAAAAAUCUGAAAUUGGGUAAUAAUUAUCAAACAUUCACAAGACCACAAUAUGAAAUUGGUCAGGGUCCAUUCGCUGAUGUUAAAUCAAUAGAACAUAUAACAAUUGCUGCAAACUCUGAAGCAUUUAAAGCUGUUGAUUACAAAGAUUCACCAGAUGUUACAUUCACAUUUGAAACUCCAAGUAUUUAUACAGAAGAUGAUAAUUUAAUAACUAAAGAUAAUGAAAUUUAUUACUUUAAGCCAUCUAGUUCCUUAGAUCAUUUUGAAUUUACUAGCACCCACGCCAAUAUACACUACUAUGCAUUUUCAAAUGCGAAAAAUCUAAAUAAAGUUACAGCUAGAAAAUCUCUUAGUUCAUCACCUUUUGCAUUUGCACGCUGUAAAUCUUUGAAAACAGCAUAUAUUUCCAUGGAGGGCAUUGAAUCACAAAGAAUUUUGAAAGAUAACGAUGAACAACCAAUAGUUCCAACAGGACUCUUUGCAAAUUGUACUAAUCUGGAAUCUGUGACAAUAGGCCAUGGCUACACAGUAAUUAGCGAAAGUGUAUUCGAAGGAUGUUCGAAGUUAAUGUCCGUAAUUAUAAUUGAUGAAGGUGUUAGUUUAGGAGCAUUUUGUUUCGCUAAUUGUACUUCACUGACUGAUAUAAAAUUCAAUUCUAUUAAUAGAGUUGAUGCAUAUUGCAUAGCAGGAUGCACCAAUCUAACAACACUUAACUUCACAAAUAUUGAAAGUGCUGCAGAAGCAGCGUUUGCAUUUUCAUCAUUAGAAAAUAUUGUUGUUCCUGACCACUUUUUAGUUAACUUUUCAUUUAGCUAUUGCAGAAAUUUGAAGAAAGUACAAAUUGUUAAAGGAGGACAUUAUGAUUAUGCUUCAAUUAAUCGUGGAUGUUUUAAUUGUUCUAGUUUAGAGGAAAUUAAUCUUUCAGAUAAUAUUCAAUCUAUAGGUGAAUAUGCAUUCGGAUUCACAAAACUUAAGUAUCUUUAUCUUCCUAACAAUGUAAGUGAAAUUAAUUCUACCGCAUUUUAUGGGUCUGAUGACAUCCAAUUGGAUCUUGAUGAAUGUUCUCAUCUAUAUUUUACACUUGGUAAUUAUGAACUUAUUGAGAGGGCAACAUAUAAACUUGUUUUAACAUUUGGAAAACUCCCGUCAACUUACAUUGUUCCUCAGCAAAUCAAGGUGAUCGGAUCUAAUUCAAUAUUAUCGCGUCCUAUAUUUAACGAACAAACAAGCAAAGUUGUUGAUUUUGGAUUGACAACAUUAGUUAUAAGAGGCAAUGUUGAAAUAGAAUCAAAUCCUGUUUUUCAAGAUCUUUAUUUGCAUAAUCUUUGUUAUGGAGGGAAUAUGAAGCCGUUCGAUUUCGAUGUACCAAACGUCAAACGAAUCUUUGUAACCGAGAGAUAUAUAAAAAGGAAGUGGGGUUUUGAUCAAAGUGUAAUUUUUGAUGAUUGUGAUACUUCAGUUCCUUUUGAGAAUUACGCCAAUAAUAUUAAUAAAUACCCAGAAAAUCCAACUUACAUUCCUUAUCCAACACCAAGGCCAAAGAAGAAAUAUGUCUGUUCUAUAUUAGGCGAAAUCGAAACAAUUAUCGAACCUGAAAUCAUUCAACCUGAACAAGAACCUUCAUCCAAUAUCACCGAACCUUCUAAUGAACAAACGCCAUCCAGUGAGCAAACGCCAUCCAGUGAGCAAACGCCAUCCAGUGAGCAAACGCCAUCCAGUGAGCAAACGCCAUCCAGUGAGCAAACGCCAUCCAGUGAGCAAACACCAUCCAGUAAGCAAACGCCAUCCAGUGAGCAAACGCCAUCCAGUGAGCAAACGCCAUCCAGUGAGCAAACAUCAUCCAGUGAACAAACGCCAUCCAGUGAACAAACGCCAUCCAGUGAGCAAACGCCAUCCAGUGAGCAAACGCCAUCCAGUGAGCAAACGCCAUCCAGUGAACAAAUACCAUUCAAUGAACAAACACCAAUCAAUGAACAAACACCAAUCAAUGAACAAACACCAUCCAAUGAACAAGCAACUUCAUCAGAAUUCAUUUCUACGGUGGUUGAUCCUAAAAAGGGAAGUGGAUUUUCAAAUUUGAUUAUAGGAUUGAUUAUUGCAGUGAUCGUCGAAUUAUUGUUAGUGUUAGUAAUGAUAUUAUUUAUCAUUAUAAAGUCAAGAGAUGAUGAUUCUGAUUCAAGUUUUAUAGAAAUGGAUGAAGAAGCUGUGAUAAAUGCCCGCUUAGAUUCUACAGCAAUUACUCAUGAAAAUGUUUUAUUUACCAUGAGUACAAUGGUUGACGAUGAUCCAUUUGCACAAGACUUUGAAGAUGCACCACCAAAUGAAUCUUUUUAUACUGGUUUAGAUGAUGAAAAUGCAUAA